UAGAAGUGCGCACUUGUGAAUUCUAGUGUUCGGGGUAGGCACUGCGUUCAGUUUUACCACCGUGACCUCGGUACAAUGUGAUAAGAAAAGAAGAAAAAAGCACCUGGCAAGAAACUCUAUCGUCGCCAUCACGCCGUGCUGUGGCGUGUAGUGCGUGCGGCGAUAAAAGUAAUAACAUUUUCGUGCUAGGAGAAAAACGCAACAUUUACAUUACAGUGCCAUACGUUCGAAGGAAAUGUGUUGAACAUCGCCAUCUAUAGAAUGCAGAAAAAUGAUGUCAUCGCUUGUUGUGAGUGAGUUAACAAGCGGCUCUGGGAAAAAGGUGACAAAUACUUGUUUGUGCUCUCGACAAUCCCAGUGACCGUCGCAGUAGGCAAAGCUCGACGACUAUUUCCUUUCCAAUCACAAAUCGAAACGGUCCAGUGAUAACGUGGAGUCGAACGGCAUGGGUGAUAUGGCCCAGUGAUGACGGUGGAAGUUAAUGUGUGCGUUGUUUUAAACAUCAUGGCAUUGGGGAGGUCUGUUUGAAAACGAUAGGCUACAAUCGUACUCAGUAAGUCGUAGUGGAUGAAAAUAGAAAACAUACCGAAAAACCGUGGCGUCUCUAGUAUAAUCAAAGCAAACGCAAUACAGUUUGAUAGUGACGACGGAACCGUCCGAUCGGUGCGGUACAAUCGCGCAGCAGCGGAGUCGACUGAGAAAGUGUAAAAAUGGUGUUCGAAAGCAUUGUCGCCGACGUGCUGAACCGAUUCGUCGGCGAGUACGUCGAGAACUUGGACAAGAAGCAGCUGAAGAUUGGCAUUUGGGGCGGUGAUGUUGUCCUCAACAAUCUUAUCUUGAAGCAAAGUGCGCUGAAAGAGCUCGACCUCCCGGUAACGACGCUUUAUGGCCACCUCGGAAAGCUGGUGUUGAAAAUACCGUGGAAAAAUCUGUACAGCGCCCCGGUGGAAGCGAUUGUAGAUAAGCUGUACGUCCUGGCCGUUCCGAACACCGACGUUCGCUACAAUGACGAAAAGGAGCAACGAAAUGCGUUCGAGGCCAAGAAGCAGGAGUUGGUCCGUAUCGAGCAGGCGAAGAAAAACGAGCAGGAGAAGGAUAAACCGACCCCGGUGGCGGACAAGUCGUUUGCGGAGAAGCUGACGGCGCAGAUCGUGAACAACGUGCAGAUCAAAAUAUCCGACAUCCACAUCCGGUACGAGGACACCACGACCACGGGGCAUCCGUUUGCGUUCGGUGUGACGCUGAGCGACCUAAGCGUGCAUACGACCGAUGAGAACUGGGUGCAAACGCUGGUGUCCGAGUCGGUGACGAAAAUCUACAAGAUGGCCCAGCUGGAGAUGCUCUCGGUGUACAUGAACUGCAAUACGCAGCUGUUCCAGUACUCCGACCCGUCGAUGUAUCGUACCCUUUUCGAGGAAUCGAUUGCGUCGAAAUCGCGCAAACCCGUCGACUAUCACUACAUAUUCGGACCGAUCAGUUCCGGGGCGUGCCUCGAGAUGACACCCAAUCCGGAGCUCGGCGAGGCACCAUUUACCUCGCCCAAGAUCAAGCUGAAGCUGUGCAUGGAAACGCUGGCCAUCGGCAUAACGCGCGUACAGUUCCAGAAUACGAUGCAGCUGGUGGAGGCUUUCGGUAGGAUGAUGCGUGCCAUGCCCUACAGGAAGUACCGUCCAUACGGUAUUGGCUACAAGGGCAACUUCAAGGAGUGGUGGCACUUUGCUUACACCUGCGUGCUGGAGACGGAGGUGCGCCGGCGACGCAAGAACUGGUCGUGGGAAACCAUGCGACGCCAUCGGCAAAACCUGCGAGACUACGAGGUGGCCUACCGGGCGCAGGUGACGGCGAAGAAGGUGACACCGGAGAUGAUAAGCCGCAGCGAGGAGUACGAGAAAAUACUAGAUCUGCACAAUAUCGUAGUGAUUCGGCAGAAGGUGGCCCUGGAGGUGGAGAAAGAGGGUAAGCGGCAAGCCGAACAGCAGAAAGCAGCUGGAUGGUUUAGCUCGUGGUGGGGUGGUGGAGCUAAAAAGGAGGAUGAUUCUACAGGGGCUGAUAUUAAAAAACAGUUCGAAGCAGCGAUGACACCGGCCGAAAAGGCAAAAUUGUUCCAAGCCAUCGGAUACCAGGAGAACGAUAUGCCUACCGAACUUCCCGAGCACUACAUCGCUCAGAUACUACAGUUUGAGCUCAAUUCACUAGAAGUGUCGAUUAAAUCGGAGCUCUCGGACAAACAGACCGUUCUCGAACGAGUGAUGCUGCUGGAGCUGAAGAAUGUUAUUUGCGGGGUAGAGCAACGUCCGUCAGCGGCAGCAAUGAAGGCAUCACUUGGCAUGCAGGAGCUUACCAUCUCCGGCCUCCGGCAAGGGGAGGUUCUGCCAAUCAUGGUAAAAUCUCAACUGGAAGGCUCCAAGACGCUGCUCGACGUAUCCUUCGAGACAAACCCGGAGGAUAAGCUCUGUGAUCAGCGCGUGGUGGUCACUUCCAGGCCUUUGGAGAUCGUGUACGAUGCGGAGACAAUUAUUCAACUGACAAAGGUGUUCCAAACUCCGCGCACGGCAACCAUUUCACAGUUAACCGAUGCUGCUGCAGAAAAAUUGGUUAACAUCAAGGAACGCUCGGCAACGGGAUUGCAGUACGCCAUCGCAAAACAUCCCCGGCUGGAGCUCAACAUCGAUAUCAUGCCGAGCUAUAUAAUCGUACCGCACGGGGGUAUAUUCUCCAACCGCGAAUCGGUGCUGGUGCUCAGUCUCGGCAAACUGUUGGUCCAAACCGAACCGCGCCCCCUGAACCGAAAGGACGUGCAGACAAUGCACGGCGAGGGUAUCGCGCAGGAGGAAAUCCUCUCGGAAAUCAUUCACCAGAGCUACGACAAGUUUGUGCUCGAAGUACGUGAUGUGCAGGCGAUCGUGGCCACGCUUGACGAGGAUUGGCAGGGUUCGCUGCGAUUGAACACUGUCACCGAGAUGCACCUGCUCGAACCGACCUCGUUCCGUGUGUCGGCCCAUCUGUGCGUGAUCGACGAUGAUCCGCGGCUACCAAAGUGCAAGAUAUUCGGCGUGCUGCCAUCGGUGAACAUUUGCGUGACGGAGCAGCGCGUGCUGGAAGUGCUCUCGAUCGUUUGCAGCAUUCCGUUGCCGGAAAGUGAGGAGCAGCUGCAACCGGCACCGAUCGCGAAGGAUUCAAACGUGUUCAGCUCGAGCCUAUCGCUGCUGAAGUAUUUGGAUGAGAAGCAGGCCAAACUGCCGAAAAUCAACCGCUCACCGGAGGCGCUGAACCCGGCGGAUGUUGUCGACGGUGAUGUGGUGCAGUUUACCGAUUUGGAGAUUAAAUUUGAACUCCACGAAUGCUCUAUAACGAUAUGCAAAAUGAGCGGUGGUGGCACUGGUAGUAGCUCCUCGGACGUGUUUGCAACACCAACGGAAGACUUUUCCCAGUCACCCGUCGAGCAGGAGUUCCCGCACACGAAGAGCGUGGCGUUUAACAUCCCGUGCCAUGGGUCGGGCGUGAGCCAGCAUAAAAUUAUCGCGUGCAAAGUGAAACACUUGGAAUUGACAAUGGCUCAGCGUACGUACGACCUAAAGGUAGCCUUGAAGCUGGGCGCCGUUACGCUGGAUCAGUUCCGGUGGCGUAACGAGCAGGAACGAGUGCACCAUGUUAUUCAAACACCAAAGUACGAUAACAACGACGACUACCUGUUCACUGUGAACUAUAACAAUUGCAAAAAGAACAGUCCAGAGUUUGCCACAAAGUAUGAAUCGGUAGAGCAAGAAGUAGCAAUUGGCUUCUCAACGCUACUGCUGCUGCUCCAUGAAGACGGCCUAAACGAGCUGAUCCAAUUUGCCAACGAUUUCCAAGUCCGCAUGGAAACUAUCACGAAAAAGCGCGAGUCAGACGCAGCCGUGCAGCAAGAAAAGGACCGCUUUGCCACGAUUCACGAAGAGGAAAGUGCUGCCACGGCUCUCCUGAACGCGGCCCGCGAAAGACUGCCAACGAUCCUGGAGGACGACAGUGUUGUGACGAGUUCCGCCAGCAAAGUGUCUCGUAAACGUAAAUCAAUUGUAGAUAGCAUCAAGAUCAGAGUGAUGGCGAAAUUGGAGGACGUUACAGUGGAGUUGCAGAAUGACAAGCGAUCCUUGGCGGUACUUGAGGUGAAAAAUCUCACAAGCAGCGUGAUCAUGAAAACUUCCUACACCGAAAUUAAGCUUCGACUGCAGGAUAUCGUGUUGACGGAUACGAAUCCGGGCACUAUCCACAGCAAGAUACUGUCCAUCAUCGGUGAUGACGCUCUGCACGUGCAGGUGAUAUUGUUCGAUAUCGACGCGACAUCGGACUACAACUCGGACAACAUGCGCAUCGAGGUGGUGAUGGGUUGCGCCCGGAUCGUGUUUCUGAACUGGUUCGUCACCUCGGUGCUGGCGUUCCUGGACAACUUCCAGGCCGCUCAGCAGCGCAUCAAGGAUGCUAGUGCGGCCGCGGCCGAGGCGGCACGCAACAACGUUGUCGAGGCGUACACGCAAGCCACUCGGAUGAAGCUCAACAUCAAGGUGAAGGCUCCGAUCAUAAUCAUUCCGGUGGAUUCGACUAGCCUGAAGGCGGUCGCGAUGGACUUUGGGCACCUGAGCAUCACCAACAACUUCCGCGACAUCCCGACGGACCACCAGCACGGUCCGGCCGUGAUCGAUGAGAUGAAGAUCGAGCUGAAGGACAUGAAGCUGGCGAAGGUGGAGGUAUCGCACGCGGAGGAUACGGGAGAGCCGUCGUUUUCACGGUACGGCUCGGACGACGUGAGCUACGGAGUGGUGCCGGAUCAAGGGGCCGUCCUUAGCCCGACCAGCUUCACGCUGGUUAUGAAGCGCAAUCUCUCCUCGGGAUGGUACCGGGACCAUCCGGAUAUGGAUAUUUCUGGUCGUCUGAAAGCGGUUGAGCUCAACUUUAUCGCCACGGACUAUAGCGUUAUAAUGCAGAUUUUGUCCAAAAAUAUGACAGAAGGUCAGAAUGAGUUCAAGAAACCGGUUAAAGCGGACAAAUCACCCACGAGUCCACAAGUGAGCUACCAUAAUCCCGGCACAACGACCGCUGAAAUUAACCUUCCGUCCGAUGCUAAAUCCAACUGGACCGCAGUGGCGAAGAAAGCUACAGCCAAACCGUUCGGCGUUGACAUGGGCCAGCUGAAGGCGACCGAUAAUAAAACCCAACUGGAUAGGCCAGCGGAACAAGCCAAAGUGGUUGACACGUUCCUGAAGUUCAGCUUCCAAGUGGACAGUAUCAAUAUCAAGCUAUACACUGCCCCCGGCCAAGGAUUGGCUGGCUUCGAGGUGUUUUACUUAUCCCUCCAGGGCCGGAAGCUAACGGAUGGUAGCUUAAAUACGGCGAUAAUACUUUGCGAUAUUCGGCUUGACGAUAUACGCCCCAAUCGGGAGAAUAUGCUUACCCGUCUGAUGGAACGACGUUCCACUGAUGCUUCGCUCGAUGUGUCCCAUUUGAAGGAGAGCGAGCAAGCUGAAGACUCACUGGCGGUUGCCCCCGUGCGCUCGAUGAUAAACAUUACCUUCAACAUGAAGGAGAACGACAUGUUCGCCGAUGUGAAGGUGUCCAGCUUCAAUCUGAUCCUGUCGGUGGACUUCCUGCUGAAGCUCCAACAAUUUCUGCAACCGGAAGAGCUGGCCGAGCAGAAGGCGAUGCAAGCGGUGGAAGCCGAGCAAACGGAACGGUUACGGCGUGCAAGCACCAGCGCGGCCGUCGCGAGUCAGCAGCAGCAAGAGGCGGGUCAGUUUACGGUGAUCAUUAAGAUCGAGCAACCCGACAUCAUCCUGGUGGAGAAGAUGGACGAUAUCAACUGUUAUGCGUUGAUCUUGAACAACGAAAUCUCGUUGAACGUUCGUUUGAUCGGUGAGCGGCAGAUCAUCAAGGGUGAACUAAAAGACCUAUGCCUGUACUAUGCCGAGUUCAAUCCGGAGCGGCGCAACUCGACGAAACACUACGUGGUACGUCCGUGCUCGAUCAGCCUCAACGGUUCCACGCCGGAGGGACUCGGUUUGCACCUGAGCAUCAACUCGACGGAGAUCGAAUUGUCUGUCUCACCGGCCGUAAUUGAGCUGAUGAACAACGCGCUGCAAACGUUGACGGCCAAAGAGCAGUUGAAGUUGAGCGAAGCGGCGACCACCACCGACUACGAGCAGUUGUGGCACGUGAAGGAAUUCGAUCCGGAGCAGUACUGGUUUAUCCAGCCGGAGCUAGCCGAGGAUGCGCUUAGCCUGGAAUCGAUGCGUACGGUCGAGAUCAAGGAGGAGAAGUGUAUGAUCGACAUACCGUGCAUUUCGCUAAUCGUGGAGACGGGCCUCGGCACGAACACAAUCCCGAUGCUGUACAUCAACACCAGUCUCGAGGGUUCGGUUACGAACUGGAGCUCGGACAUGAAGAUCACCAGUGCGCUGCGGCUAAGCAUGUCGUACUACAACCAAGCACUCGCCCUCUGGGAGUACGUCAUCGAGCCAAACGUGGUCGAGCAGGCAAAUGGCGUCAGUACUAGCGUCCCAUGGGAGCUGACGUUCGACAUGGAGGUGGAUCACCACGAGGAUCGAUCGCGGGAACCGACGACCCGCAUACACAUUGCUUCGCGCGACAGUCUAGAGAUGACGGUGACAAAAACCUGCCUGGAUGUGGUGCAAAACCUGGGAAAGGCGUUCUCGGAAGCCAUCAAGCGGGACGGUAUCGUGAAGUCGGAAAUUCAGGCACCCUACCUCGUGCGCAACGACACCGGGCAAGAUGUGAAGGUAAAUUUCGUAACGAGCGAUUUUCACAUCCACCGAGCACAUCUCGGCCCAGGCGUCGAGGAUGAUCUUAUCGCGAUCGAACAUGCACCAGACGAAACCGGGGAGCAUCUGGUAAGCAGCUGCAUUAUCAUGCCAAAUGGGCAGUUGCAGCUCCAGCCCCAGCAAUUGCGCUGCACUGAACGGACACCAAUCCUGACCGUGGUGGACGACAAGGACAGUACCAGCAACAAGCGCCUCUUCGUGAAGGUGAUUGUGGGUGACACGGACAAGGAGCUGACCCUGCCGGUGUACAAGUCGGACAAGCGCUACUUCCCGCUGUUCCGCAAUGCUGGCCAGGAACCGUGGGGUAUCAUUUCGGAGGUGCGCAUCGAGCACGGGUGUACGGUGCUGGUGUUGCGCAGUAUCGUCCAGGUUUACAACCACUUCACCGUCCCGAUCGACGUGUUCCAGUUCAUCGACCACGAGAAGCAUCACGUCGGGGAGGUGCGCGCGGGCGGUUGUUUGAACGUGCCGCUCUACUAUCUGUACAACGACUCGAAGGAGCUGCACUUUUCCAUGAAAGGAUAUCACUCGUCCGCGCAAGGUAUUAGCUGGAAGGAAUCUCCGAACAGUUUCGAGCUCAUCAAGGCGCUGCAGUGUGAUCCGAUAAAAACGUUCGAACCGUUCUACAUAAACGCCGUCCGCCAAAGGCAAGAUGUGUUCUACGAGAUCACCUCCAACCAUACGAUGAUGAGCGCCUGUUACGAGAUACAUUUGCGGCCACCUUUCAUGCUACGAAACGCGCUUCCCAUUGGGUUAACGAUUUCCGUUGCCGGUUGCUCGGUACGCCGCGAAAUGGACACCGGGUUGGUGACGAGCAAUGAAAGUCUCUCCAAUGCAUCGACCGUGGCCGGUGAAGACUAUCUAGAUUACGGAGAGAAACUACUUCGUCCCGGCGAGCUGUUGCAUCUGCCGACGGUAAAAACAUCCGCCCGUUCCACGACGGAAACGUCAUACAUUGUGGCAAGGCUGAUAGGAUAUCUAGAUAAAGACUGGUCGUGCACAACGGACAUUCCCGCCCAGCCGCCGGAGUUUGGAGUUUGGACGUUCAAUGCUUACGAUUCGGUGGAAGUGAUGUCCCUACAGCUGGGUGUUAAAUAUGAAAAUCGCGUCGAUGGGCUUACGUUGAUCGUUUACUGCCCAUUCUGGAUGUUGAACAAAACCGGACUGAUGCUCAGCUAUCGGAAAUCCAGCAAAACGGAGAAGAAAGAACUAGCCGGUAAAACCACGUACAAGCUCCCGUCCAAGUAUAUGUGUCCGCUGUUAAUGAGGGUAGCAAAGCAAUGUGUAUCGAACAAUAAAGCUAAUGAUGAGAACACCAACAUUCUCUACCAUCCACCGGAGUACGAAGGUCCCAUACUGUUCUCGUUCCGCGAGAAGGUGUUCUUUGGCAAGAAGAAGGCGGCCGUACGUGUCGACACCGGCGAAUGGAGCGACAAGUUCUCGCUAGAUGUGGCCGGCUCGAGCGGAGUGGUGCUCUGUCAGGCGAACAAUAUGACCUACCAGAUCGGGGUGAACAACACGCUGACGCACAAUUCGCUCACGAAGCAGAUCGUCUUCAUGCCGUACUUCGUGCUGAUCAACCGGGCGAACUUUGAUGUCGAGGUGCAGGAGCACUUGCGCCCGGGCGAUCCGUGGACGACGGUGCGCGUCAAUGACUGCGUGCCGCUGUGGCCGAAAACGGAGGAGAAUCGAAUGCUGAAGGUGAAAAGCUGCGAUCGACCGGAGGUAACCGCUCCGUUCAAGUACACCGAGGUGCAGUGUACGCUGUUGCAGCUGCGCAAUCGCUACGGGGGGAUCAACGUGGACGUGCACGUGACCGAGGGUGCGAUUUAUAUCACCUUCACCGGGUACUAUCCGGGCGAUGCGCCAGCGCUGCUGAUGAACCACACGCAGGAACCGUUCGCGUUCCGGGAGAAGGGUGACGUCAACGGGAAGAUCCUGAUGCCGUCGCAGAUGGCUCUGUACACCUGGAUCGAUCCGGCCGGUGAGCGUAAGAUCGUGUGGGAAAGUGGCCCGAAAGCGCAACCGAUCGAGAACGAUCUGCGGAGGGAUGGUAUCAGCGAGUUCCAGUCACCUUCGGACAACACUAUCUACUGGGUGUCGUUCCUUAAUGGCACGCAGCGUGUGUUGCUGAUCACGGACAAUUGCAACAUCGCGUACGGCGUCCACAGUGCCAGCCGGCUCGAUCAGGUAACGCAGGAGGUGAAGCUGGAGGUGCAUGGCGUCGGGCUUUCGUUGGUAAACAAUCUGAAGCCCACCGACCUGAUGUACAUCGGUAUCGCCAGCUCGGGCGUCAUAUGGGAGGAGCGCAAGCGGUCCGGUCGUUUCCGCCAGAUGAAGAUUCAGGAGACGCUCAAUAUGGAAGUCCAGUACCAGCAGUUCCUGCGCGACCAAGAGUUCGGUACGGGGGCCAACAAGCGCUACUGGCUCGAGGGCGAUACACGCUACGAGAUCGACUUCCUGGGUAUGGUCCUACGCAAGUCGACAGAGCGUUCGAUCAAGCGUACCUUCUACCCGGGACUGUGGGUGGAGAUCAAGUCCUCCAGCCACCAGCUGCAGUUCCACGCGAAGGUGAACCGCAUCCAGAUCGACAACCAGCUGGUGGACUGCAUUUUCCCGGUCGUGCUGGCACCGGUACCGCCACCGAAGAGUGUUGCCGCAACGACGGAGUUCAAACCGUUCGUGGAGAUGAGCAUGGUCCAGCGGAUCAUUCCGCACUCGAAUGUGAAGCAGUUUAAGUACUUGCGCGUGCUGAUGCAGGAGUUCCAUGUGAAGGUAGACCUGCUGUUCGUGAACGCCAUCUUCGAAAUGAUCAGCACCGAGAUCACCGAAGCGGAAGCGAAACGACUCUUCGCCGAAGAUCUGAAGCUGCAAACGCAACCACUACACGCACACGUUGCGAUCCAGUCUCAGCAGGAGGUGAAGAACUUCUACGACAAUCUGCACCUCGGUCCGCUCAAGAUCCACGUCAGCUUCUCGAUGGCCGGCUCGGAGUCGAAGGCACUGCCGGGCAUCCUCUCGACGAUCCUGCAGGGUGUCGGCGUCACGCUAACCGACAUCAACGACGUCGUGUUUCGAUUGGCGUUCUUCGAGCGCGAGUUCCAGUUCCUCACGCAACGGCAGCUCGUGUCGGAGUGUGUAGCGCACUACAGUGGCCAGGCGGUGAAGCAGCUGUACGUGCUGGUGCUCGGACUGGACGUGAUCGGCAAUCCGUACGGGCUGGUGGUCGGUUUCACCAAGGGCGUCGAGGAUCUGUUCUACGAACCGUUCCAGGGUGCCAUCCAAGGGCCGGGCGAGUUUGCCGAGGGGCUUGUGCUGGGUGUACGGUCCCUGUUCGGCCAUACGGUUGGUGGUGCGGCCGGUGCAGUAUCUAAAAUUACCGGAGCAAUGGGCAAGGGGCUUGCGGCCCUGACCUUCGACGAUGACUUCCAGAAGAAGCGACGCGACGCGAUGAACAAAAAACCCGCCAGCUUGCAGGAGGGCAUCGCACGGAGCGGCAAGGGCCUAGUGAUGGGCGUGUUCGACGGCGUUACGGGAGUGUUCACGAAGCCGAUCAGCGGCGCCAAAGAGGAAGGUGUGGAAGGUUUCUUCAAGGGACUGGGCAAGGGAGCGGUCGGGUUGGUGGCUCGUCCGAUUGCCGGCGUAACGGACUUCGCUAGCGGAAGCUUCGACGCGGUCAAGCGUGCCACGGAACUAUCAGACGAAGCGAUCCGGCUGAGGCCACCGCGUUACCUGCACAAGGACGGCAUCGUUCGACCGUACAAUCGCAAGGAAGCGGAGGGUAGUAAACUGCUGAGGGAAAUCGACAAGGGAAAGUUUGCGGCAACGGACGCGUACGCCUACUACGAAGUGAUCAUUGACAAUAAGGAUGUCGUCGUGCUGACGGACAGCCGGAUUAUCUACGCGACCAAGAGUGAAAUGUUUGGUGGAUGGCAGUCCGAGUGGACCCACAAGUGGACGGAAGUGCUCAGCAUCUCCACGCUGAACGACGGCGUCGAGAUUCUGCUGCGCAACCGAGAUGGCAGAAGUUCGCUGAAGAAAAUGUUCAGCUCGUCUGGAUCGAGCAAGAAAGUCCUCCUGCUAUCCGGGACCUCCAAGCGGGUUCGGUUGGCCGAAGAAAUGCAACAUCUACUGCGGAAAGUUACCGGUUAAAUCGGAUGCUGGGAACUCCCGCGGAUCGAACGCUUUUCGCAAUGGCUUCUGCUUAAUACCGGGCACCUCGCUAAUUAGACUGUUGACCGCCGCGAGGUUGAAAUACGGCGUCAUUUUUCGAAAUUUGCAUUCACGCGAAGUGAUAUUUUCACGCCUACCAUCAUAUCCUGCUUUAGAAGUGAAUGUUUUAUAUACAAAAACAGCGGACAACACAGCUCGGCAAGUUAUUCUAACACUCUUGUUUCCGAUGAUCAUUGUUAAAUUUUGUCAUAUUUUAAACUAAACUAAAACUUAAAAAAACGAAGCAGCAAUCUGAAGUACAAACACAAACUAAAAGCCGAAAAACUUCUCCGGGAAAGUUUUGCUUUACACACUAUAGUAACAUAUUUGUUGCCUAACACUUUUGCGGCGCAUGCAAGCCGGUGAAGUACAAUGGAAGCUACUGGAACUGUACCGGUGUUUUGUAGCUUUCGGUUAUUAUUUUUCCUCCUCUUAUACUUUUUUUUGCUACACCCGUGUUUGUGUUUUCCACUGACUAUUAAAGGGAACCAAAACAUAUACAAAUAUUUUUCCUUGUAAAGAAAUAAAAGAACUAUUAACAAUCGACUUAUUCGAUGAACUAUAAAAAAGAAGUCCAAACACAUGUUUCAAUUUGUGGUUUAUGCAAGUGAUGUUUCACACG